AUGGUACAGUAUGGUUUGGAUUCCUUUUGUCUGUUCGAGAAGGCCUACUGCUGUUACAGGAAAAAUUUAACAAGCUCUUGCUUCAGGAAGUGGAAGAGGUUCACCAUACAGAGUAAGAGAGAUGCCAUAGAGCUGUUGGUGAAGAUGAACAUGGCAAAGAAGCACUAUGACAGGAAAUGCCAGCAGGUUGCAUUCACCAAAUGGACAAAGCGUGUAGAAUUACACAAGAAGAAAAAGGCUGUUGCCAUGGAGAAACUUGAGAGACUUGUGAACGCUGGUCGCCUCAAGCGCAUCAUAGCUGCAUGGCGUAAUGUUGUGAAGGACUCAAAGAGGACAAAAGAAUACUUUAAGAGGUUGGAAAUGGAGCUCGGCAACAAAGUCCAAAAUAUCAGGGAAGGAUGUGACAGCCUCUCUGUGCUCCCUAACAACCUCUCACUAAAGAUCUUUAGGUAUUUAGAGUUGCGAGACUGGCUAAAAUGUGCUGAGGUGUGUUGCACAUGGAAAGAGAUCAUCCAAUCAGGCGCACUGUGGAGUCAGAUCAACUUCUCUGUGGAGAAAGACUGGAUAACAGAUGGCACAAUGAAGCAGAUUCUGCAGAACUACCGCCCAUUUGUCAUCCAUCUCAACCUGCGUGGCUGCACGUCCCUACAAUGGCCCAGCUUGAAAUGUAUCAGUGAAUGCAGAAAUCUCCAGGACCUCAAUUUGUCAGAGUGUUAUAAUGUUACAGAUGCGGUGGUCCAGAGGAUUGUCGAGGGCUGUCCCUGCCUGCUCUACUUGAACCUUUCUUGCACACAUAUAACAAACAAAACUCUAAGAGAGCUGUCCAGAAACUGUGUCAACCUUCAGUACCUGAGUGUGGCCUACUGCUACAGAUUCACAGAUAAAGGGUUUAUGUACCUGACCACAGGGAAGGGCUGCCACAAUCUCAUCCACCUCAACCUGUCCGGCUGCACUCAGAUGACUGUAAAUGGGUUCAGAUACAUUUCUGCAGGAUGCCCUUCACUCAGGGAGAUUGUGAUCAAUGACAUGCCCACACUGUCAGACAGCUGUGUGUUGGCACUAAUUGCCAGAUGUCGCUGUCUGUCUGCCAUCUCUUUGCUGGAUGCUCCUCAUCUUUCCGAUGUUGCCUUGAAAGCCAUCGCUGAAGUCGCCAAGCUGAAGACUUUCAGGACAGAGGGUAACAACCAACUAACUGACGUCGGCUGGAAGGCCCUGUGCAGCAGCUCACACGGCCUCCGCAGACUCCACGCUGCAGAAUGCUCCAGAAUGACAGAUGCCAGCCUUAAAUCCAUGGCCAACCUCAAGAACCUGCAGCACUUGGACAUCUCACUUUGUGACAAGGUGAGCGAUACUGGGAUCCAGUAUCUGACUGAAGGUUACUCAUCCGCCAAACUGAGAGAGCUGAAUGUCAGUUACUGCAGUCACAUCACUGACAUGUCUGUCAUGAGGAUCGCACAAAGGUUGUGUAAACUGUGCCAUCUCAACUUGAGUUAUUGUGAGAGACUGACUGAUAUGAGUCUGGAGUGGCUGAGUGGCAGCUCUAUCUGCUCCCUUGACAUCAGCGGUUGCAACAUCCAGGAUCAGGGGCUGGCGGCUUUUGAGGGAUCAUGCUUGAGGAAGUUAGCACUGGCCGAGUGUGUCUGCGUCACAGAUAUUGGCAUAGAGAAGCUGUGCAAGAACGCGAGAGACCUGGAACAUGUUGAUGUGUCUCACUGCGUCGCUCUGUCAGACCCGGCCAUCAGAGCAAUUUCAUUUUACUGUCGAGGUCUAAUCACACUGCGGAUGUCAGGUUGUCCCAAGAUGACAGACAUGGCAGUGCAGUAUCUGACAACUGGAUCUCCCUACCUGCGAGAACUUGAUGUGAGUGGCUGUGUUCUUCUCACAGAUCGCAGUCUCCGACACUUAGAGAGGAUCUGUCCUCCACUCUGCUCCAUCACCAUGGCCUGCUGCAGCAGCAUCUCCAAGGUGGCUGCCUUGAAGCUCCAGCCACGUGUGGAGCACUGGGAGCACAGCAACGAUGACCCUCCGUACUGGUUUGGAUACAACAUGGGCCAAGUAGUGUAUCCAAUCGCAAGACCCAUCAAGACUGAUGACACCUGUGAAGUACUGGAGCAUCACUCAGUGACAACAAGAGCAGCAAGUACAGAGAGGAUAUAAACAGAUCUAGUGAUACUGUAACAAAAAAAGAGCUUAAAGUAGUAAGAGCAGCAUUUUUGGGAUAUUAUUUAAAAACAUAUUAAAAGUAUUUCCUUUACCAAGACAUUUUGCAUGAUACACUUGACAUGACAAAGACUCACUUGUCUUGACAGAGACAUUCCACUGUUUCAGCUCCUCACUAACACUUUAUAUUUAAUCAGCUCCUGACAGUGGAUUGUUCUGUGCCGUUUCCUUCUGCAUAAAUUAGGGAUGCACAGAUUAGGAAAUUCUGGGCCGAUGCCAAUACCAAUGUUUAAAGUAAAAAUUUGGCCAGUAGCUGAUAUCGUUUUGUUGUUGUUGUUUUUUUGUUUUUGUUGGUACUUAUUCCCUCUUUUGUGACAUGGAAAUAACAAUAUCUACAUCAUAAAAAAUAACAACUGUUUUAAAGUCAUUCAGACCUUCAUAACACUACCUUUAAAUGAGCACAAAUCCAAUCAAACACAUUUAUUUAACAACCUUUAAGAUAACCAUCUUUGACAUGAAAAACAUGUUUAUUAAAAAAAAUAACUGCUUAAAAAGUCUUUUAACUAGCCUAGUGGAUACAAGCAGCCGAAAUGAGUUUCCUCCAUGGGGUGGCUGGGCUCAGCCUUAGAGAUAGGGUAAGGAGCUCUGACAUCUGGAGUGAGCUCGGAGUAGAGCCGCUGCUUCUUCACGUUGAAAGGGGUCAGUUGAGGUGGUUCAGGCAUCUGAUCAGGAUGCCUCCUGGGCACCUCCCUGGGCAUGUCCCACUGUUAGGAGGCCCCAGGGCAGACCCAGAACACACUGAAGGGAUUACACAUCUGGCCUGGGAACGCCUCGGGGUCACCCAGGAGGAGCUGGAAAGUGUUCCUGGAGAGGUGGACGUCUGCGGUGCUUUGCUUGGCCUGCUGCCCCCACGACCCGGCCCCAGAUAAGCUGAUGAAAAUGGAUGGAUGGAUAAUUAAUUCCCUCCCUUGUAUCUAUUUUUUAUUGCUGUGAAAACAUCAACAAAUUUCUUCUUCAAACAACUGUAUUUGUUCAAGUUUCUCACCAAUAACCACAUUUUACAAGUUUACAGCUAACACAUCAUCAGAACGUUGUAAUUUACCUUCGCCCAACAUUCAUUUUAACUGAAUAUAGCUUGAUCAAAUCAUGAUGUAACUCAUUGCAACCUCACUUAGCUGUUAAUUCUGGCGGCCACCAGCUGCUAAUUUUAACUAGCUCUAGCUCUGAUUUCAACACAAAUUUAUUGUUCAUAAUGCAGCGUAAACAGGGAAAAAAUUGGAUGCAUCCUCUGACACGACAAUAGUGAGUUUACUGCAUCUUUUCAUCCUUGGAGAGAUCUCUGCUCAUCCAACAAACGUUGUCUGUUGUCCCCAGAGGGAUGGGACCCCAUAAGUCUCAAACCCUGCUUUGUAGCCUGUGUAAAACUGAUAUGACACAACAGAAAAACAUAGACCACUGCCAUCUGGAACAUCAUCCUAUUUGCUGAUAGGCUGAUGGCAGUCAACAAGGCAAAUAUCGUCUGAUAUAUCAGUGCAUCCCUAACAUAAAUUGCUACACAGAGUUUUCGACCCUGCUGGGCUCCAGAGGGUUAAUAACUCAACAUGAGACAACCAGUGUAAAACGUGAUUUCCACUGAAUUUUUUGGGUGAUUCUUUAACUAUCAGGAUUUUUGUGUCCCUGUCAGAAAAACAAAAACACAUUUUGUAUUUUCUUUUCUUUUGUCACACUUACUUGACACCACAAAGAACAUACAAAAACUAAAUGACAGAUCAGUCAUUGUUUUUAUUAUAUAAAAGUGGCCUUUUAUGUGUGGUUUUUGCUGUUUUCCUUCACCCUGAGCCAAAUUUUGGACAUUCAACCCUGCUGAACCUUGAAUUGAAUAUUGAUGUAAUAUUAAUUUCAGAUACAAAUGACACAUAAAUACCCAUUUUAAUGAAAUGUAUCAUGUGGUGUAAGAUAUAUUAGUUUUUUGUUUUGUUUUGUUUUAUUUUUCAUACAAAGAACACGUGUCUCUUUCGGUUAGUUAAUUUCCACCACAUUGUUCAGGGAGGUUUUUUUUUUUUUUAGAGUUUGUAUAAUUGGUGGCCACAGCUAUGGUCAUGUGACAGGACAGCACAUGGCAGGAGGACAGUUUGCUCUGUGGAGGGAGCUGAAAUAAGAAGAAAAAAAUCAAAAUAUGUUUAUUGGCUGUCAUUUCCACACAGCUCACAUUUCCUUUGAAUGUACAUAUAAGAAAAACAACAUUUUAUCUUGGUAACAGUUUUCUUUGUGUGUCAGAUUUGGAUCCUUAAUAUCUGAUGAUAUUGCUUCCCCUCUAUAAUAUAUUUUAGUUGUACAAAGACAACACAGUUAUUUAUUGCUCCACAUAUUUCAUACAGUCAGCAGUCAAAAGUCUUCAACUUCUCCACCCCUUUGUAACAAUCAUUUAUUUGUACCAGCCAAGAUUGACUCUCACUUUGCAGCUCUGGAAAAUAAAGAGUUGAAAAUUGAGAUGCCUGGGAGACUUGUACAUAGACGGACUGUUCACUAGUUUCAACCAACUAUGCUCAACCUACGGAAUAGGUAAUACAGACUUUUUUCGCUCUUUUCCAACUUAGCGACUUUGCAAGAACCUACUCUCCUCAGUUCCCCCAGGCUCCACCCCUCAGUGGUAUAGACUUGGUGCUCCAGACUAAAUCUAUGCCUAAGGGCCAUGUCUCAUAUCUCUAUAAUGUCUUAUCACCAACAACAACAAUAUACAGAAAAAUGAAAAUGUAACUCUCUCCAGAUGUAUCGUUUACUGGAACUGUGAAUCAAUAAAAAAUUAUUUAAAAAAGAAAAAGAAAAAAAGUCUGCAACUUCUCAAGUUUUACGGUCCGAAACAACGAAGUAGAUGUUAUUUUAAAAAGUUAAAUGUUCCAGAUCCUGUCUUGAGAUAUAUCCCUGGAUCAGGAGUGUCAAACUCAUUUUAGUUCACUGGCCACAUGCAGCCCAGUUUGAUCUCAAGAGGGAUGGACCAACAAAACCAUUGCAUAAUACCUAUAAAUAACAGCAUAACAUUUUUCUCUUUCUUUUUGUGGAAAGAGGUACAUUCUGAAAAUGCUCAAAACAGAUGAUUAUCCUGAGAUGUCCUAAGAAAAUAAGUGCAUUUUCAACAAUAUGUCUCAGUUUUUCCACAUCCAGUCCGUCUACUACUCACUGUCAUUACAUGUGAAUUUUUCCAUAAAUUUCCACUCCUGUGUAAUAAAUCCUGGCAUCACCACACUAAACUAAAGUGAAAGCUUUUGAGGAAGCAGGUUAAUUUAUAUGCUUCUUUACAGACCAUUUACAAAUCAAAUGUUUUGGCAGGGCCUCUGCAGCAGGGUUUCACCAAUACUGUUUUAACAUAAUAUUUUGCACAAUGUUCAAUAUCUUUAAAUAAGUCCAGAGUAAGUAUUUGUUUAGUAUAU